AUGUCCCAGUUUGGCUUCCGAGCAUCACCCAAUACUCAGAGUGCGGUAUCUUCGGGCCCUAGCCAAUCUUCAUCACCACCAACAACCAUGGCAGUAACGUCUUCAGCUCCUACGCCGGGCAGCCCGCCAACGCCAUCCCAAAGAUGUUGUGAUACCGGUAGGCCAUUGUUCACCGAUCCCAUAACCGGCCAAAGUGUUUGCUCGUGUCAAUACGAACUGUUAGGUUAUCAAAGAUUAGCUGGUGCUGGAGUACCAGGUUUACCGGCUCUUUCCAUGUACAGCGCCCCUUAUCCAGAAGGAAUGGCAGCUUAUUUCCCCGCCCUUGGAGCUGAUCAAGCGCCUUUUUAUACGCCAACGGCUGCCGGUCUAGAACUGAAAGAAAAUCUAGCGACAGGAGCUGCAGGCUGGCCCUACCCCUCAGUUUAUCACCCCUACGAUACAGCAUUCGCAGGAUAUCCAUUUAAUGGAUACGGAAUGGAUCUCAAUGGUGCUAGGCGGAAAAACGCUACCCGAGAAACAACAAGUACUCUUAAAGCAUGGCUCAACGAGCACAAAAAGAACCCCUAUCCGACCAAAGGAGAAAAAAUCAUGUUGGCGAUUAUCACCAAAAUGACAUUGACACAAGUUUCCACGUGGUUCGCUAACGCCAGAAGAAGACUGAAAAAGGAAAACAAGAUGACGUGGGAACCGAGGAAUCGAGUCGAGGAUGAUGAUAAUAACAACGAUGACGACGACCAUGAUCAUAAAAGUACUGAUGGAAAGGAUAUAAUUGAUUCCAAAGACUCUGGUACGGCUUCUAGUGAAGAUGGUGACCGACCACCUCAUUCGCGUUUAGCAGCGGAUACAGCUAGCGAAUGGAGCGAAUCGAGACCUGAUAGCGGACCUGACAGUCCUGAAAUUUACGAAAGACCACCUCAUCCUGCCUUCUUACCACCUAGAUCAUCGGGUUCUCCACCUCAACUUUCCGCCUCCGUUUCAACUAAACCGCGAAUUUGGUCAUUGGCGGACAUGGCAAGUAAAGAAAGCGAUGGACCCCCACAUUCCGCAGCUUCUACCUUGUACUCCACAGCGGCAGGAAGAUUAGUACCCCCUUUGGGUACAAGAUUACCUCCACCUGGACUUCAUACGGCACCGUAUGCCCGACCACAUGAUUUUUACAGAAGUCUUUAUAACCCUGCGGCUGCGCAACACUUGGCAGCAGCUAGUGGAGGAUCUCCUGAUGCCACCCUCCUGGAAACUUACCAAAGAACCUUAGGGGCUAACCUAAUAGCAGCGCAAAACGCUAGUGCAAGUGUUGCCCAAUCCACUCCUUCCAUUUUUACCAAAGCAAGUGUCGCUGCAGCCACGUCUAGCGCUAGCAGUCUUCCCCUCGGCCUGACCACUGCAUCGAGAAUGUCACCGUCUUCUACAUCCUCUUUAUCAUCUGGGUCGGAGACUCCAAUAAAACCUGUGGCCUUGAAUAAGGCCUGA